CCCACACAAUUUACACAAUAUGAAUAUAUUCAAUGAUGGUUUCAUUUGUAGGUUAUAGAACGUAGGAGGAUGAAACUGUCAUCCAUAUUAUCUUCGAUUGUGAAGCAACCUCUCAAUAGAAACAAAACUUAUGGCAUCAAGAAGACCCAGGGAAGGGAAUAGCAUCAAUGAUGUUCAAUUAUCUUAGAGAAGGAUAGAUCGACUGAAAUGAACUAAGGAAAUAACUACGAGAGGUAAAAAAAAGGCAGAAGGCUGGAGUGGUUGUAUAAAACCCCCGCUUCUUCGCAAUCCGUCAUCAUCAAGGUCUGAAAACCCCAUGUUUUUAUAGCAAACAUAAAAUCAAGCCUUUGAAAAAAGAUUUAUUCCAUAACAUUGUUAAGAGUGUUUCAUUUAAAGUAUUUAAAAGUUUUAAGUUAAAGGGCUUAAACAAAGCCUACCAUGUAAUCGAGUAUCAGUUGAUUAUUUCGAUUUGUCAUAUUUUCAAAAGCCCAAGGUGUUCUUAUUAAGCAGACUUAACCAGAAGAUUCAGAUCUUUACUCAGGAUCGACGCCGUACGAUUUGCUACAGAAUUGUUUCAUAAAAAAUUGACGAAGACUGCGGUUUUUGUUAAUAUUAGUGCAGAUUUUCAAUGUUAAUGUUGUUAAGGAGUAAUGCAAACAGUUUUGUUCUAUCACCGAAAAGGAAAACAGAUGACAGAGUAUGAAAACAUAGAUUUAGAUUGUUAAUAACAUUUUUUUUCGUUUGGCGUUCAGUGUCACUUUAUCUUGUUUUGAUUUAAUCAACAUUUCAACUUUUGCUGUUAUUGUUUGUUCGUUUUACCCGUUGUGGUGAACGGUUUUUAAUCCCAAAAAAUUAAGAUGAACGCGUCGGACAAAAGUGAGAAUAUCCGAGAUUACGAGUUAGACCUCAAGUGUCGUUAUGAGCUCAUCAAAAAAAUUGGCAAGGGGUUUCUUUCAGUCCUACGGCAUCGUGUGGAAGGCGUUUCACAGGACUAGAGCACGACUUGUCGCUAUUAAAAUCAUCGAGAAAGCUUUUUCGGCGGAUUCCGACGCACAAAUGGCAUUCCGCGAAAUCGGAUACCUCACGGCACUGCGGAGGCACAGGAACAUCGUGAAGCUCCUGGCCGUUCAUCCGGCGUGGAACGACAAAGACUUGUACUUGGUCUUCGAACACAUGGAUCUCGAUCUCCGAGCUUACAUGGACAGGGGUCACCUUCUCACCGACCCCCAGGUGUCCUUCAUCUCCUACCAGAUCCUAUCCGCUCUCAGAUACAUCCACUCGGCGAAUAUCGUGCACCGGGAUUUGAAACCCGCCAAUAUCCUGCUCGGGGCGCGGUGCGAGGUCCGGAUCGCCGAUUUCGGCCUGGCCAGAUCCUUGGAAGACAGAGGGACGGUCGAGAACGGAUCUCCUCUCACGAAAUACGUCGCCACCAGAUGGUAUAGGGCUCCGGAACUGUUGCUCAACGGCAAGAAAUAUACAACAUCGGUCGAUAUUUGGUCUUUGGGUUGCAUAAUCGCCGAAAUGCACAACGGGGUACCACUUUUUCCAGGAACGACGACAAUCCACCAACUUGAACUUAUCCUAACUGCCAUUCCUAUGACUUCUUACGAAGAAUUCGGGCUGGAUCCGGACGGGAUAGGAUCUCGUCUCGCAGGCUGGAAUUCCGGCAAGUUUCCCGAGCUCGACAGGAAAAUAGAAGAAUUGCCGAAGGAUGGUCAAAAAAUCGUAAAGCUUAUGCUCGACCCUUCGCCCACGAGGAGGAUUUCCGCGGAUGCAGCUCUCGUCAAAAACUACUUCUCGAGGUAUUUCACAGGCCGCGAGCCCGCUCUGGAAGGCGUCAGGCUCAUGCUGAGCGACAGCGAACUACAUGCGGCUGAUGCAUACAAAAACGCUAUUUACGCUGCAAUCGAGUGUGGAAGAAGCUUCCAAAAAAAUGGUCUUCAUCAGAGAACAUUUCAAUCACGAAUCUCAAGCAGAAUUGUCUGAAAUAGAGGUUCUGCGAGUUCAGGAUAUUGACUAUAAAAUAAAUUUAGCUUUGGGAUCUUAA